AUGCUAAAAAUCUUAAUUCCUACCCUCAUACUACUUCCUACUACCUGACUUUCUUCUCCAAAAUGACUAUGAACCACAACCACCGCCCAAAGCUUAAUAAUUGCAAGUCUCAGCCUUACCUGACUUAAACGAAGCGCAGAGCCCGGGUGACUUACCUUAAACUCCUACUUAGCCAUUGACCCCCUGUCCACACCCCUAUUAGUCCUCACCUGCUGACUACUACCCCUAAUAAUUAUAGCAAGCCAGAACCAUAUCUCUCCAGAACCAAUCAACCGACAACGCAUGUAUAUUUCCCUACUAAUUUCACUACAAGUCUUUUUAAUUAUAGCCUUCGGAGCAACAGAAAUUAUCUUAUUUUAUGUAAUAUUUGAAGCCACCCUGAUUCCCACCCUAGCUAUUAUCACUCGAUGAGGUAAUCAAGCUGAACGUUUAAACGCGGGAACUUAUUUCCUAUUUUAUACCCUAGUCGGCUCUCUUCCCCUACUGAUUGCAUUACUAAUCCUACAAAAAGACGUAGGAACCCUUUCCAUAUUAUUAAUCCAGUACUCGCCACCUACACUUUUACCAUCCUGAACAAACAAAAUCUGAUGAGCGGCCUGCCUCCUGGCAUUUCUAGUAAAAAUACCACUAUAUGGGAUUCAUCUCUGACUUCCCAAAGCACAUGUAGAAGCCCCAAUUGCUGGCUCAAUAGUUCUGGCUGCUGUCUUACUAAAACUAGGAGGGUAUGGAAUAAUACGAAUAGUAAUUUUACUAGACCCCCUUACCAAAGAAUUAGCUUAUCCAUUUAUUAUCCUUGCCCUUUGAGGGGCCAUUAUGACAGGAUCCACCUGCUUGCGACAAACAGACCUAAAAGCCCUAAUUGCCUACUCAUCAGUUAGUCAUAUAGGCCUAGUAGUAGGAGGUAUUUUAAUCCAAACACCCUGAGGCUUCACCGGCGCAAUUAUUUUAAUAAUUGCUCACGGGCUAGUUUCUUCCGCCCUCUUCUGCUUGGCAAAUACCGUAUAUGAACGAACCAACACUCGCACCCUUCUCAUUACACGAGGUAUACAAACACUUCUACCCCUCACAGCCACGUGAUGAUUUAUCGCUAGUCUUGCCAACCUAGCACUACCCCCCUUCCCAAACCUAACAGGAGAAAUAGCCAUUAUAGCAUCCCUAUUCUACUGAUCAGAAUGAACCCUAAUCCUUACAGGUCUGGCAGCCCUAAUCACAAUCAUUUAUACCAUAUACAUAUUUAUAACAACCCAAUGGGGCCCAGUCCCACCAUCCAUAAACAACAUUGAACCCCCUCACAGCCGAGAACACCUACUGAUUUCCCUACACCUCAUUCCAAUCCUCCUACUUAUUCUAAAACCAGAACUAGUAUGAGGGUGAUAUUACU